UGUGCAAGCAAAUUCUCCUCGACCUGAUUCUGUUUAUUCUCCUUGAAAUGUAUUUUAAACAUUUUUAGUAGGUUACCUUGGUUUAAUUACCUAAUAAUACAGUAAGCCCCUCCUCCUCGGCUCACCCGCGUGACACGUGUCAAUCAACCGAGCGUGAGCCUGUGGCUGACGUCGAGUUACGUCACACGUAGAGGUAAGAGAAGAACAGACAGAAUGGCUACCCAGUGCCGGAGCUCCAAGUGCACGGCGGAGCGCAAGGGAUUCCGGCGGGAACUUGACUCUUGGAGGCACAAAUUGAUCCACUGUGUAGGAUUUGAAAGUAUAUUAGAAGGAAUUUAUGGACCAAGACUACUUAGAGAUCUCAGCAUAUUUGAUGACUGUGAACCUGAUGUGGUCAAUGAUUGGUCAGUGGAUGCCAGCUGUUCUUUUUGCAGUCUACAUUUAGAGAAAAUUGGGGACCAUAUUCCUGUUGUCUGUUCUUCACCGUCAAGUCCAGUAGAAGAAACUCCUCAGGGCAAGUCAAACACUGAGAAAAUUGAAUACCAGGCUGACAAAUUUCUUCAUGCAAUCUUUCGAAAGAAAGACCUUCCUCAGAGUCGUGAUCCGAACAUUCCCUUAGUUGCUCAGGAAUUAAUGAAAAAGAUGAUCCGCCAAUUUGCCAUUGAAUAUGCUUCAAAAAGUCAGAUUCAAGGAGUGAAAAACGGGUCAUCCCAGGAUGCGGAUCCAGUUUGUGACAGUCUCCAGCAUCCCUGUGAUCAAGAUGGACCCCUUGAUCUUACCGUCAGUAGAGAAAAUCUUGAUGCUGACAAAGAUGGAGUGCUUGAUCUCUCUCAGAAAAAUCGUGCCAGCUUUAUAAUGUCAGCAUGCACAACUGCAUCCAGUAAUCAGGACACUUCAGGCUCCCUGGUGCAGGCUGGCAAUGAGCAAGUCCAUUUGGGCAUGGAUGAGAAGUUACAAGUGAGGACUACUGUGCUGGAAAUGGUCCUUUCAUCUUUGUGUUCAUACCACAAGAUGCUGCUUUAUCACAUUUUAAAGUGUGUGCUUGAAGAUUUUGCAAUUUCUGUCACUCCCUAUAAAGAUGUCCACAGACAUUUUUCACAGUCACAUUCUUUGUCCUGUCACCUGGACAAGAAACCACAUCAAGACAUCUUUGGUUUUACCGAUUACCAGACAUCAGAUGGGUGUUAUGUGGAUUCUUGUAGGCUGAACACCUACUCUGUGGCUCCAGUCUGCAUCUGCUUAAAGAAUUUUCAUUGCUUACCAUGUCAAAGCGUGGCAAUUGGUUGCAUUAACAAAGUCAUUCGCUCUUGUGGCUGCUAUGCUCGUCCUCAGCAAUGUCCAUGUUCUUACCAGAGCUUCAUUGAGAGUGCGUGCAUUGCUCCAGUUGGAAAUGUAGCAAACCUUCCUUUCAGUCCUCAGAAAGUCUGUGAUUCCUAUAAUCUUUGCAUCAGGGGCUGUAGUCCAUCACCUCCACCACUGUCACCCAUCCCAUCAGAUGCCAGUGCCAAAACUUGUGAGAACAACAUCUGUUCUUUUGCUGGUGGUAGGUGUCUUAACCAACCUCCAUCUCUUUUCCGACAUGAAGAGGAAGGUGUUGCUAUUUUGCACAAAGAAAAAUGUAAUAAAGAAGAGGGUUUUAGCACUGAGGAGGCUGAAAGGCAUGCCCCCGAUGAAGACUGCACUGAUUGUUGUACACAAACUGGAAGGCACUUUGCACAUAGUCAAACGGGGACUUUAUUCCAAGACUUAAUGGAGCAUAUCAAUGAAAAGCUGAAAACAAUGGAACCACUGGAAAAACAGAGUUUAAGCCUGUCUGCCAGCCAAAGCUUGACUUGUAGCAAUGAUGUUCGUUUGGGCAAAAUUUUAACUAUUUUACACAAGGAGAAUGAUCAUGAUUACAACCUUAAAGAGCUUCAUGAUUUGAUGGAAAACAAAUCCAUUGAGACAUGUUACAAAAGGAGUCAGAAAACUGCAAUAAACUCUUCAGUCUUGGCUUCCUCUCGCCGUCAAAGCUUGCAAAUCAAAAGGGAGCUUGCAAAUUUUGAUUCGUCCCCUUGCCGAAGAAAGUUAAUACUUGAAGAAUAUGGGAAGAAGCCUGCUAGAGAAGAGCCAAAUAUACAUUUACCUGGCACUAAAGUGUUGCAGCCAACCUUAGGAAAGGGGAAGGAUGAAAUGGCAGAAGUCUCUUGUGACAAUCACGUCUCUCCAUUUAAAGUUGAACCACUUCAUGAUCUGCUAGAAAAUAAGCAAGAUGAGAAAAACAAUGGGACAAAAUUAGAAUGUGGUACUGGUAAUGCAAGUUCAGAGAAGCAAAUUCAACCUUUUAAACUCAGUGCUGAUUUAAGUAGAUCUAGAAGGAACAUAGUUCCACCACAACGAUUUUCUGCAUACGUCACUGAGCCAAGAAAAAUGUACUUUGCUGCCUGUUUUUCAGAAAGCAUUUUUAAUAAAAGAGCUCAUAAAGAUACUAAAGUUAUUGGUGGAAAUCCUUCCUCCGAACUGGAUAUUAAUGAGUCUUCCACUGAAUUAAACCUCAAAGGUUCAUAUAACAAAAGCCAAACCGGGAAACAGGAAGCUCAUGACCACAGUGAUAAAUCAUCAAAUGGCAAUGUAGAAAAUUCUUCGAGAACUAGGUGCAGUAAACUGAAUCGAUGUGUUCCUGGAAAUGAAAAAUCUGAUGAUUGUGAAUUCAAACAAAGUUUCCAAAGAAGGCUUAAACAACGUGAAGGUGCUUCUAGAUCCUGCGUGAGACUCAGAUCAUCUGUUUUAAAAACUCAGAAGCAUGUAGAUUCUCAGGUAGACACUGUGAAUUUUGAUAACGGUUCAGCUGAAGGUAUGAACACUGUUGAAGAUGCAUUGAUUUCAAAUGAGUGCCAAUCUGUUGCUCUGUAUACAAGUCCAAUAAGACUAAUGUUUGUGUCUCCAGUGAUCAGUGGGGAGGAAGUGAAAUACUCUCUAAAGUCAGCCAUUUCUGGUUCUUCCAGUCAACAGACUUUUGAUCCCUGUGAGGAAUCAUCUUGGGGUGGUGCAGCAAAAUCUGUUGUUGAGGAAGAUGGAUCUUCACAAGUUGAUACUCUCAAGCCCAGAGUUACCAGAGGAGAUGAAAAUAGACCUCAUAAAAAGGCUGCUACUUUUGAUUUUUCAAGGUCAUCAAGUCCUUUAAAUGGAGAACAUGAAACUCACAAAGAGAUGCAUGGAUUAACAUUGACCCCGCCGAAAAGGAAGCCUGGCCGGCCCAAAAAAUUAGGUCCACAAGUUGAAAAGCCAGCGAAGAGGCCAAUUGGAAGACCGCCUAAACAUAAGACUGGGAGUUCCAGUUGUGUUUCUAAUAAGGGUAAUCAUGAUACUGUUACUGAUUUUAUUGCAAGUUCCUGUGAUGAAGAUGAUGAAAAAAACAAAAAUCUCAAAAUCACAGUUGUUUAUGGAAGAUCAAGGAGAAUCAGGAGACUUGUGUCUGAAGGAAAUGGACAUUUCAGCAAAAACCAACAUGUGAGAGGACUGCAACCUGAAUGCAUAGAUGGUUGUGGAGUGAAUGCUGAUCUAAAUGAGAAUAUGGAAAGGUCAAACACAGAACUUUCUGGCAAACUGCCUGAAGAACAGACAGAAAAAUUUACUUUUGUCAUACCCGUGAAAGACAAGUCACAUUCAAGCAGGAAUAUCAAAUGUGCAAAACAGAAGUGUUCAGCUGCAAUGAGGAAACCAGGAAGGCCACCAAAGGUUAAGAUAUCGGGCAUCUCUGUGACCGUGACAACGGUUUCCCCAAAGCAGAGGAAGAUUCACAUGAAUAAAGACAUGACAGAGUUGUAUGGUGAGACAUCUCAAAAUGCAGAGCCGUUAACCUCUAAUCACAAGAUUUGCAAGGAGCUGACGACAAUCAAAUCGCAACCUUGUACAGCUGACAGAGAGAAAACGGAGAAUGUACAAGAUGGAAUAAUGAGCCAAAAGAUACCAGUACCACUGAGACAUUCACUGAGAGUAAGGAAGCCUUCGAUUCAUUUGCUGCAUUCAGUGGCUACAUCGAGGAUCUUCACUCGAUCCAAUGCACUGUUGCGAAGAUCUCGGAAGCUACUUCUAAGCAAACCCAGUGGUGAGUCAAAGCAAAUAAAGAGCCAUGAUAAGGCCAUUGGAGAAACCUCAGAUACUGCCGUUUCAAAAACAUCUUCAAAGAAUCCUUGUGGUGAAGACCUAAGCUUUUUGUCCGGAAUCUCAGUAGAUUCCAUUUUCACAUCAAAUGAGCCAUUUAGAUGGUGGCCUACCUCUGCCUCAUCUGAUACAUUGAAUGAAGAAUUUAGUAGGAGGGUUCAACUAAUGUCAGAAACAUGGAUUACAGAGGCUGUCGACUCCAGGAAGUCAUUCCCCACAGAAAGGGAAGUUAACAAUAAAUCAAAACUGCAUUUAAAAGAUACUGAGUCUGCGAAGAAAGUUUUUUCUCCUGUAAGAAUGCUGUUUCAGAAACACUGUAAUAUGGACAAACUGUGUGCCUGGUUUAUGCAAACUACGGAGACCCAAUCCCUUGCAAUUGUCAAAAAGGCCAAUAUGCGAAAUCCUUAUGAGAUCGUUCAGUACAAUCCUAUCAGACCUUCAAGCAGACCCAACUUUUGCCCUAGUCCACAGGCAGAACGUCUGAGAAAACAUGUUAAAAAAUUUGCAAAAAUUGUUCCAAUAAGUCCAGCCAUGCACGUUCAAGCACAAAAGAGAAUUUCUCGCAUCAGUAAACUGAAAGUCACAAGAAGGCUGUUUUUAGGACCAAGUCCAGUUGUGAGGUGUUUUGGCCAACGACCUCUUCUGGCUAAGCACAAGAUAUUGGGAAAAUAUGGAUAUACUCUGCUGAGAGUCAAGUCAAAAUUCACGAUCAGGAAAAAAGCCCAUUGCAAUCCCACUAAACCAGUACAAAAAGUGGCAUCCAGUGUGACUUUUCAUGAGACCUGUGUCAUGGACACAGAUCCUAAUUCUUCAAAUUUACCUUUGUCUGAUGGAGAAAAAGCCCAACAAGUUGAAAAAAGCAAGACUGAUCUUCACCAGAAAGAGAGGAUCUCCCAUAAAACACUGAUCCCAGAAACCCUGAAGGAUUGUAAAGUGUUUCUCAAAAAGAUAAACUCCCCCGAAUCAAAAUCUACAGUUGAAGAAUGUAAUUUUUGCACAGCUGUGUACUCUGAUGUCUCAUCCUCCGGGCACAGUUUGCCUCCAAGCAAGGAAUGCGAGAAGAAUUGUACGAAAAAAGAGACCACGGAUAUGGCGAGAAUCAAAAGAACCAAGUGCUCCCCCAGAACAUUGUCCCCACAUUCCCCUAAAGAGCAGCAGCAGCUUUGCUCGAGGAAACAGAACGCGAAAAGGAAAAUCCUAGGUGCGAGUGGAUCACAGACUCGAAAAAUGACUGGACAAUCUAGGAGCAGGAGCCAGACAGCAAAGAGGUGGUGUGAUUUUACACCAGAGUGCUCCAAAUAAUGGGAAAUCCACCAGGGUGAGAUGCAUUACACAAGAUAAGGCUUGUGUUAAAGUACAAGGUGCCUUCAAAAUGUCUGCUGGUUGAGAAAUCUGACCUUAGUAUCUCAGUAAGCGUUAUGUAGCAUAAGUUUAAAUUUAAGGAUAAGUUUAAGGUUGCACUAUUUUUUUUUUCUUUAAGUAGAUAGAUUUGUAUGCUCAUAGAGUUACUUGUUACUUUUUAGUUUGGAUGUCAUUUCGAAAGGAUUCCUAAACUAUACUCCUCAAAGUAAUUAGAAUAUUUUGUUUUAUUUUAUUAGAAUGGCCAUGUUUCAUGAAGGAAAUUGAUUUUACAGGUAUGAGAAACGGCCUUCAGGUAUACCUCAGGUCGAUCUCUAAGAAAAUAAUCUUUAAAGGAGGUAUCAGAAAUAAUCAUCCUAAAUCCUCAAAUUCGAAACCAGAUGCAAAGAUUGUCUUAGGCUUGGAUAUGGUAAGUGUGUAUCCGAGUUGUUCGGAUAUGUAUAGUACUUGGUACAUUCAACCGUCCAGUCCAGGACAUACAUCUAUACUGACUGUUUCGAAUAUAAAUUAAAUUAACAGAAAUUAAACACGAUGUGCUCUAGGUGCUUAUUUCCAAAAUCAUUUUGCAGUGAUGAUAGAAACACGUCCACGCUCUAACUGAAUGAGUUUUGCGGGAUUUCACUGCAUUUUGUUUGUAUGGUUACGGUGAAAAAUUUCCUUGAAUGCUGUAAAUCUCCAUUGAGCAUUAAUUUAAAUGACACAAAAGACACCUUUGUUGCACUAUUCAUAUUCACAGUAGAACCCCUAGCAUUCACUACCACCUUUUUAGUGUCUCUAUAUCUCUAGGUGCAAUAUUUUUACUUUUUUAAUCCAGAUGGUUUAUAUCAUUUUUAUUAAAACCUUUUAGGAUUUUCUAUGAUGCCAAUCACUUUUCUAAAUGUUACUUGUGUUCAUUUUGUUUUAAAGCUUUAUGAUUUAUGAUGUGGUUUAGAGUAAUUUCACCUAUUGUCCUUGUCGCAGUAUAAAUAAGCCUACCUCUUUUUUUUUAAUGCAUCCUGAAAUCCUGGGUCAAAAUACUUAAACUGGCAGAAGCCACAUUUGUUUGUAGCGUGUAAAGGUUCACGAUAUUUUAAAGUGAUCAGAUCGUAUAGUAUGCAGUUUGAAUAUGUUCAAAUGUGUUCUCAAGCAAGUCUGACAAAACGUUAAUAUUUUUGGCGUUAAAAUAUAAUUUUUAAUU